CAAUUUUCCCUUUUUUUUAAAUAGAUUUAUAUCUUUGGUGAUAGGUAUUUAUAUUUAAUUGUGCUAUAUUCAUAACAAGAUAUCUAUAUACAUGGACAAAUGGAAGCCUUUGUUCCAGUAAUAGAGUAGAAAAUAACGUGCACUUUGAUAUUUUUCUCGGCUUGACAGAAGUUUUCUCUUAAGAUGAGAACAAAUGUAAGGAAGUGAAUCGCGCAACACCCAGAAGCUAAUUUGUCCCCGCAUCCUUCAUAUACAUGCUCCACCUUCCCAUCUACUGUGUUGAGUCUCUGGAAGGCUAGUGGGGAAGUAAGGGGGAAGCUUUCCGCACACAGGCCAGAUGCAAGGCGGAGUCAGUGCUGCAUGGAGUAAAACUAAUUCAGCAAACCUCCAUCUCCCCUCCUUUCUGUUUCUUUCUAUUGAUACCAAGGCCGUGGAGAUGCCCCUCUGGCAGAUUAUCCCUGUAGGCACGUUUUGCACUUAACAUCAAAAGCUCCAUGUGGAGAAAGCCGAUUUUGUGCUUGUGAAGCCAGCAGAUCGGUUUCGCAGACGAGAGGGAACAGUAAAGCGAUAGGACCGCACCUAUGUAUUGUUGCAGUGCCCAAGAGAACAAAAUGGACUACAAGCGGCGCUUUUUGCUUGGCGGGUCCAAGCAGAAGGUGCAGCAGUAUCAGAUGCCUGAGCUGGGCCGGACCCUCAGCGCCCCUCUUGGCUCCUCCUGCUCGUCCCCAACCUCCGUUGCCCCCGGCGGCUGCGGCCACUCCCCGCCGUAUUCUGGCGGAGCCACCACCGCCAGCACAGUGGCUGACAUACAGCAAGGCAUCUCCAAGUAUCUGGAUGCUCUGAACGUGUUCUGCCGCGCCAGCGCUUUCCUCACCGAGCUUUUCAGCGGCGUGUUCCAGAACUCCCGCUACUCUAAAGCAGCUAUGCAAUUGAGGGACGUGCAGGACAACGUCAUGGAAGCAGCCAGUCGGCUCACGGCCGCAGUAAAGCCCGAGAUCGGAAAGAUGCUGAUGGAGCUGAGUACCAGCGCAGCCAGUUUCAAGGAUCAGGGUGACCUGAGCCUGCAGGAUGUGGAGGUGCUGGGCCGGUGUUUCCUGACAGUAAUGCAGGUGCACUUCCAGUUCCUGUCGCAGGCCCUGCAGAAGGGGCAGCCGGUGGCGCAGUCCUGCCUGGUCGAAGUCCUGGCCCAGGGCGUGGAGCGGCGCGGCAGCGAUCAGCCCCAAGGCCCCUCCCCCUCCGAGCUGGAGGAGGCCACACGGUCAUGGCGAGCUGCAGCAGAGGCCACAGUGCGGCUGAGGGAGAGGGGGAGAGAUGGUCACCUGGCAGGCCUCCAGGUUCAGCAGCUCUUCUGCUCCCACAGCACCGCUAUCCCUGAGCAGCAGCAGCUGAAGGAGCUGAACAUGAAGAUUGAUAGUGCGCUACAGUGUUAUAAAUCAGCUUUGGAGGGCCUUGGACGCGGCGAGUACGCACUGAAGGCUGGUUUUUACCUCGACCCCAAAUCUACUGAAGCCUCUUUACAGGGCUGUUGCAGUGAGGCAGAGGCCCAGCAGGCUGGCAGGCUGCAGACCCCCACACAGCCCAUCCAGUGUGAGCUGCCCGCCAUCCCGCUGCAGAUCGGCUCGCGCUUCCUCAAAAGCGUAUCCCCGAACGAGUCGGCCGCAGACAACCUCAAAGUGAAAAUGCAAACCACGCUGCAGCUCAUCAAAGCAGAGGUGGGGCAGAACGGCAUGGUCGCUCGGGACGAUGUGCCCGUCACCGACAUCCUCAACCAGGUGUGUCCCUCAAGCUGGAGAGGAGCCUGCAAGACCGCGGUGCAGCUGCUCUUUGGCCAGGCGGGCCUGGUGGUGGUUGACACGGCUCAGAUUGAGAACAAGGAGGCUUACGCUCCUCAGAUCUCCCUGGAGGAGUCCAGAAUUGUGGUGCAAGUCCCUUCCACAUGGUGUUUGAAGGAGGACCCAGCCACCAUGUCCCUGCUGCAGCGCAGCCUGGACCCAGAGAAGACCUUGGGCCUGGUGGACGUGCUCUACACGGCUGUCUUUGACAUCGGCAGGUGGAAGGAACGCAGGGAGCAGCCCCUGCCCACCAUUCAGAUCCAGCUACAGCGGGAGAGCACCGAGUACGGGGAGCUGGCUCACCCAUCGCUCACUUCUGGGUCCAAGCUCAGCGGGGGGCUGCCCAAAAGCAUCUCCAAGCUCACCUCAAAAUUCAAGAAGAGCUCCUCUGCCAGCAGCCAUGGGGGCAGUUCCUCCAUCCCCAGCACUCCUUCCCACAGCACAGAGGACAAGUCCAAACUGCUGCCUCAAGGUACCCCCCGCAUGGGCAGCCUACCCUGCACGCCGGAGCCUGGAUCCCCACAGGGUCCAGCCAGCCAGCUGGCCAACGGUUACACCCCUGACGACAAGGGCAUGAACCUGCCCACCGACCAGGAGAUGCAGGAUGUCAUUGACUUUCUCUCAGGGUUCAACAUGGGCAAGUCCCAGCAGGCCUCUCCGCUGGUCAGGAGGAGGAAUUCCAUGGCAUCCAGCAACAUGGCAGAAUCAAAGGCUCUGGGCGGAGGUCCUCCGUCCACACCCACUGUGUCCCACGGCAGCCUGCAGCCCCCUGCCCAGGCCUUGCAGCAGCCACCCAUCCAUCCAGGACAGAGGCAGCAUCAGCAGCCUUCCCAGCAGGCGUUGCAGUAUUAUCAGCACCUCGUGCAGCCGAUUGGUCAGCAGCCUCUGCCCCAACAGCAGCAGCAGCAGCAGCAGAGAGGUCCGAGCAAGUGGGCAGCUCCCCAGGUCCCCACUGCUGGAUUCUCUUCCAUGGGCCACCAGGGGCAGUGGGGUGCGCCUGGCCUCCCUGACCUCAGCUCCGAGCUCUACAGCUUGGGCCUGGUGAGCAGCUACAUGGAUGGCGUCGUGUCGGAAAUGCUGGGUCAGAAGUGCCAAGGCCCCCGCAACAACACGUGGCCCAACCGAGAGCAGAGCGAGGGGAGCUUUACUGCCCUGGGGGACACGGUACCCUUCGACCCAGUGGUGGGAACAGACCCGGAGUUUGCCCGCUACGUGGCUGGCGUGAGCCAGGCAAUGCUGCAGAAGCGGCAAGCGCAGCACGUCCGUCGCCCGAGCAACGCCCACAGCAGCUGGCCCGUCUCUGACGAGGCCCACCGGAGCUGGACCCACGCAGACUACUACGCAGAACGGGAUGCUGUGAGCAGCUGGCCGGCCAGCCAGGCGGACUCUGCCAGCUCCAGUGACGAGACGUCCUCUGCCAAUGGGGACAGCCUGUUUUCCAUGUUCUCAGGUCCUGACCUCGUAGCAGCUGUCAAGCAAAGGAGGAAACAUAGCUGUGGUGAGCAGGAAGUCAGCACUCUUCCUUCUCUGCCCCUGCAUCACUCCAACGAUGACAACAACCAGGACAGCAAGAUGAAGACGUGGCCCCCCAAGGCACCCUGGCAGCACUCUUCCCUUCACACCAACACGCUGCCCAAUCCAAGUUCUUCCUUGUACCCUGUGGGCAUCUCCUCCAGCCAGUGGAAUGACUCCAUGCAGAUGCUGCAGUCGCCGGUGUGGUCCACAGCCAGCAGCUGCUCCGCCUCUUCUGGGUUCCCGUUUGGGCAGCAGCAGUCGCAGCAACCGAGCGCGCAGCCACCGCAGUCCUCUGUGCAGCAGCAACAGGCCACCCAGCAUAAGGCCCUCAACAAGGGCUUCAAGUCUUUCCCUCUGAAACAUGAGCACAGGCCCUCCUACCUGCACCAGUACUGACCCCCUCCCCCUGCCUGUGCAGGACCCUUGUCCCCACUUGAGCUGCAGGCUCCUUUCAGUUUAGCGAUCACACUGUGUGUUGUGAUUCAGGCUUCAAUACAGCAACACCUGUGCUGAGGUGGUCUGGCCAAACGAGAAGGGAGGUGUGUGU